AUGUCCACUAAACAAGCAACAUCGGAGGAGUUUGUUACUCUAGCUUCCAACGAUGGGUUCGAGUUCGUGAUCCCCAGGAGUGCUGCCUGUGUAUCAGGCACUAUACGAAGGAUGCUGGAUCCUACAAGUAACUUCUCAGAGGCAGUAACGGGGCGUUGUGUGCUGGAGACAAUGAAUGGAGUUGUGUUGGAAAAGGUUUGCGAGUACCUGCUCUACAAUGAACGGAAUAAAGGACAGACCAAUGUUCCUGACAUGGAUAUUCCUCCCGAGCUGUGUCUAGAACUGUUAAUGGCUGCGGAUUACUUGGAUAGUUAG